GGCCGACUGGUUCCUCCUGGACAGCCGGAGCAUCCGCCACGCUGCCCUCGGCUUGUUCUGCUGCGGGGUCUCCGUCUACCUGACAGCUCUGGCCAUCUACAUGCUGCUGCUGUUCGAGCUCGAGGCCGGCAUCGCCAGCGCCUGCAUCCUCUGCUCCGGCAUCCUGGUGCUGCUGCUGGCCGUGACGCACGCGCUGCUCCGCGCCUCCCGCAUCGCGCGCCGCGCCGAGGCCUCGCACACCCUGUACGAGAACGACUCUGCGCAGGGCGCCGAAGCCCCCGGCGACGACCCGAGCAGCAAGAGCACGGCCGUGUCCCGGCCCGAGAUCCACCGGGAAUUCUCCUUCCCUCCUUUCCUGGAGCGCAAGGCCCAGCCGGACUCCGCAGGCGGCAGCGACCUGAGCUCCGCAGGGAAUGGCCAGCCCUGGAACGGCGUCGCGCAGGAGAUGAGGAAUGUCCUGUCAUCCCGCAGACCCGCGGCCUCGGGGAAGGAUUCCACGCUGGUGUGA